AUUAUCAAAUGUUGCAUCCGAUCUACAUAAUUCAGUGCAUCAAGACAUGAAAGAAAAGGAAAACAUUUCGCUACUAAAAAAUUCUGAAGACAAUUCGAUGAACGAAGUACUGUUUUAUCCCAGUCUUCAGUUUACAGAUGACUCGAUUGAUGCUGAAGCAAAUAAUGUCCUGCAGAUCGUAGAGACAAAUGAAAUGAUCCCUACAGAUCCUUUACAAAUUGACCUUAAUGAAGAUACGAUGAUAGAGAACGAAGCAUCUAAUGCUAAUGUCUACGCCACUGAAGCUACACAAUCAGUUUUAUUGUCUACUAUCAAUGACAAUGAUUGCUUGGACGUUCCUUCUGAUAUCCCAGAUGUUUUUAAAAAGACAUUAUUUUGGCCCCGUACAAAUAAUUCAGCAGCGAAGAAACGUGCUGUAAAAGUCAAAGUACCUUCAGUGGCCACUUCGGUAGCCUGGCAAGAAUAUCACCGAGCGAAAGAAACAGAGAAAAGUCAACGUCUAAUUGCAGUCGAAGAGAGAAAAAGAAAACGUCAAGAAAUGGCUGAGAAAAAAAAAACAAGAAGCAGAGGAAAAGAAAAGGCAAAAAAUGUUGCAACGAGUCGAAAAAGCUACCAAAAAAAAUAAUAACUCAAGCAACCAAACAAAUCUAUUAAUGUUCAAUUUUUCCCCAAUUUCAAUCUCCAAAGACAGAAUCCACACACGUUGCUCAAGCUUCGAGAUGGUCAUAAGCUAGUGCUUAAGAUGUCAUGAAUCAAUUAGAGAACCAUAUUAGCAUCUUAAAACAUUGCUUGAGACGGUCUUGAAAUUAAGAACGCAUUAUGAAUACCGGCUUAAGCAAUAAAACGUAUUCGCCGGUCACUAACAAUAAAUGAUACAUUCGAUCCAAUGCACCAGUCACUAACAGGAACAGACGACGGUAUUACAAAUAGGGUAAAAUUAAAAUCAAG